CCACACAUAAAUAAGCAGAAUCACCCUCGAAUAUUCAAACCUCCCCCACCUCUCUCUCCACUUUCUCUCUCUAAGAUUCGUCCAUAUGCGACGCCGCGACCUCGACUCUUCCCCUCUCACCCUUAAUUAUACUAGUAUUUGAUGGAAUUGGAAUCUCUUUCUUGCUUUAAACAAAUCUUAUCACUUUCGCUUUGCUUUGCUUUGCUUAUAUAUACGCCUAAUCACUUAUCCCUAUAUAGUAUAUCUUAGUAUCUGCUAAUGUAAAAAAAUGGUGAUUAACGGCCAUAAUCACAGUGAUUUGUCGGAGAAUAUGCAGAGGUGCUGUGAUUAUAUCAAGGCGUUGGAGGAAGAGCGUGCCAAGAUUCAAGUUUUCCAACGCGAACUCCCUCUCUGUCUCGAGCUCGUCACACAAGCGAUUGAAACAUGCAGACAGCAGCAGCUGUCGGAAACGACGACCGAUCACAAUUUACAUGGCCAAUCGGAUUGUUCGGAGCAUACAUCUAGUCACGUUUUUAAGGAAUUUAUUCCGAUGAAGAUGGGGGUUUCUCCCGAUAGCGAUGGAGAAGAAGAGGAUUCGAAGAAAUCCAAGAUUAAUGAGAAAUCGGAUUGGCUUAGAUCCGUACAGCUGUGGAAUCAAACUCCAGAUCCACCAUCCAAAGAGGAUUUGGAUGUGAAAUUUAGUGGGUCGGAGAUGAUGAGAGAUGGCGACGCCGCAUUCCAUCCCUUCAAGAAAGAGAGGGGUUCGGCGGCCCCGGCAUCCACCAGCUCCACGGUGGAGAACGGCGGCGGAGGAGAUAAGAAGGAGGCGCAGAGAAAGGCGAGGAGGUGUUGGUCGCCGGAACUGCAUAGGAGAUUCUUGCAAGCUCUUCAACAACUAGGAGGCUCACAUGUCGCCACGCCGAAACAAAUUAGGGAAUUGAUGAAGGUUGAUGGGCUCACAAACGAUGAAGUUAAGAGUCAUUUACAGAAAUAUCGGUUGCACACGAGAAGGCCAAACUCCUCAGCUCAUAGCAACAAUGCACAAACACCUCAAUUUGUGGUGGUUGGAGGAUUAUGGAUGCCGUCGGAAUACACUUCCACUUCGUCCGUGAAGGCGCCAGGUGGCGCCACCUUCGCUUCACCGCCACCACCCUUCCAAGAACCACUACCGUCGCCUAAUAAAAGGCAACAAGUUAAGGCAUCAUCGCAGUCUAACGAUGACUGCAGCUAUAGUAAAGGAGGCGGCGCUCAGUCGUGCUCUGCGGCCACCUCCUCCUCCGGUCACACCACCACCGCGGUCUCACCGGCUUGCUAGCUUUCUCACUCGUAGUCGCUACUCGUGUGUCGGUUUUAUUAUAGAGUGAAAUUGAGUUCGGAUAUUUUGUACAUUUUUUUUGUGAAAUUAUAAAUGUUUUGUAAUGUUAUGGUUAGAGCAUUGCAUUUUGACGGUGACAGUUAUUUUGGA